AUGAGCCAUGCACUUAGUAGAAUUUCUGCCCAGAAAAAGCCAAACACUAUCAUGGAGGUUCUGACAGCAGCCUUGAACUGUCUCCCAAAUGAAAGAGGGACGAAUUAUUCAUCCAACUAUCGCAACAUAACACCGAUCUUUACCUACCCAUCCUACUACGGACAGUACCCGACCCCACGACCACCCCCUAUGUUCUACUGGGGUCCGCCCUACCCCCCUAGUAGAUUUGUUAGGCCCCCUCUGGAAAAAUCUAAAAACGUGGUGAACAGUAACAAUAAGGUUAACCAACCGCCUAUGAUGCCACAGCUCAACAGACAGAACAACAACGAACAAUUGGAGAAAAUUUCAAUGCGACAGCUGCAGCAAAACUAUCAACAAAUCCAACAGCAGAUGCAACUCGCCAAGAACCAACAAUUGCAGCCACAGUUGCAGCCACAGUUGCAGCCACAUUUACAACAACAGUUGCAGUCACAGUUGCAGCAACAGUUGCAGCAACAAAAACAACGCGAACAAUUCAACAGUCAAAUGAAGUUGGAUCGCUCAAAAGAAAUGCUUAACGAGUCUGAAAAGCUGUGUAAAAACAACGAGAAGGAACAAAGUUUGCAAGAGAAAGAAAAUGUGAUAAAGACAAAUUCAGCAACAGUAGCCAACAAAGCAGUGACACGACCACGUCCACACACAACGGCCAGCGUUCAGCAGAUGAAACUUCAACGAAAACAAACUCAGUGGCAACAACUUUUGUCCAGCCAACUGAAAAAAUCUUACGAAGUCAACUCAGACGGCAUCCAGUUGAAAAAAUUAGAGAAGAAGCCACAGAACAUAGAGAUCGUCGACGUGAGCAACAAAUCCAGCAACUGUCCCAAGUCCUCGGACUCCCUUGAGUGGGAAUCGAAACAGAUGGUGGCAGUCCCGUGCCCGCAACAUGUUUACUACGGCAGGUGCUGCAUUCCGCUAAAGAUGAAGCGGCUAGCGAGUGCUGCCUCCACUUCCCGCAUUGUUACCAGUGGUGAUUCUUCAAAAUGUUCAACCGCACCUCAGCGUUGUAAGUCUCAAAACACUACUGAAAUCUCGCAACUCAACGCUUCGACGAAUUGCACAGAGGACGAUAACAUCAUCAAGUCGGGCGACGCGAUAGUUUACGACAAGGAGAGGCACAAAAUAAUGAGGGUCCCUGUCUGCGGUGUCAGGAGGAAACCGAGUAUCCACAUCCCGACAGACCUGGACUGCAGGUUCAAACAUUCCCAGCUGACCAUCAAAACUUCGUACGAGAACGGAGUGUGGAAAGUCAAAACUUCACCCCUGGUGAAGGAAAGAAAGGUGGUGGACAGCCUGCCCCCGCUCCCACCCAGCACCACCUCAUCCAGAUCGAACGGGAUCAACGUGAAGAAUUUCUCCGGAAUCGCCGAAAGUGCCGGAAAGAAGAACUACUUCCCAGACGGAUUUCUGGCAGAGCAUAACCCCGGAUCUAAGAUCAGUUUGAAACAGACAACCUCGAACAGCACUGAACACCUAAUCGAUAAGAUGUCCUACGCGUGUGGCGGUGGAAAAUCAGCUAGCGAAAGAAACUGCACGCCAGUCUUUCCGAGUGUUUCCUGUUCCCAGCAAAGCAUCCUCAAAGAAAGCAACAAAGUGGGGCCACAAGCAAGCCUGCAGUUCUGCUACAACCGCCUCCCAACACUACUUCCGGCAAAAAGUUCCCCAAUUAAAAAAUGA